CGUCACAGGCUGGGGUCAUUUCAGUCCAGCUCACGGUCGUCUCGGCAUACUCCGCUUUUGACUCAGCAGAAUGGCGGGACGCCUGCUUCUCCGGGGCUGUUCGGCGGCAGCCCUGCAGCUGAGAAGAACCGCGGUGGUUCGGGCGGGUCACCGCGCCAUGGCGUCCGCGGGAGGAAUCCCAACAGACGAGGAGCAGGCCACCGGCCUGGAGAGAGCCACCAUGGAGGCCCUCAAGCAGGGAAAGGAUCCCUACAGCAUCCUGAAGCCCAAACACUACACGGGCACCAAGGAGGACCCCCACAUCGUCCCCAGCAUUGGAAACAAGAGGCUGGUGGGCUGUCUCUGUGAGGAGGACAACACCGCCAUCGUGUGGUUCUGGCUUCACGAGGGGGAGGCCCAGCGCUGUCCUUCCUGUGGGUCCCACUAUAAACUGAUCCACCACGACCUCCCCCAUUAGAGACGGGACGCCGCUUUGCUCAAAGCCAGAUCCUGUCCGUCUGUCCCGGCGUUAAACAUGUACAGCUUAGCAUUAAAAGGUGAACUGAAA